GAGAGAGAGAGAGAGAGAGAGAGUCGGUACUCGGUAUCCCUCCAUCAUUCAUGUCACCGGCAUAGAGGGGAAUAAAAAGAAGUAAUUCCCGGAUACUGAUCUUGAUAUUCUGUACUUUCAAAGGUUGUGUUUUGGAGAACUUGAGUGGAUCCUGAAAAUAAGCAGCGAUGGCUUUUAUGGUGAAGCACAUGAUCGGCGGCCAGCUGAAGGACCUGACCGGCGGAUUAACGGAGGAGAAAUCUGAUGGAGAAAAGGGCGACGCGGCGGCUAAAGGCAUGACAGAAGAGGAGUUUGAGCAAUACCAACAGCAGCUGGAGGAGGAGAAGCAAGAACGAGAUGCCAGUUUUGCCCAAAAGAAGGCGGAAAGAGCCACAGUGAGAACUCACUUCAGGGAAAAGUACAGACUCCCAAAGAACGAGGUGGAUGAGACGCAGAUCCAGGCUGCGUCGCAGGACGUGGAGCUGCCGACAGAGCUAGCGAAGAUGAUAGCGGAGGACAACCAGGAGGAAGAGAGCAAGCUCUCGGUACUCGGGCAGCUGUCCAGCAUCCAGAACGUGGACAUCGAUCACCUGAAGGACAAAGCACAGGCUACGCUGGAGGAGCUGAAAAACUCGGCAGAGAAGUGCUCGCUCAUGUGAACGUCUCUCUUUCUACCAGUGUCUUUUCCUCCUCUCUUCCCUUUCUCUCUCUCUCGUCUAACAUUAACACACCAAGCACACGCAUUCAUCUACACGUCUGUCUCUUUAUUGCCAUGCCGAAGGAGAAAAUGUCCUCUCCCUUUCCCUCUCCCUCUCUCGCUCCAUCCUGUUCUUUUCAUUUCUCUUCUUUUCCAUCGCACGUCACUUACGUUGCGUUUACACACAGUGAGAGCAAAACUCAAUACACUGCCAAUCGUAUCAGCUGCCAGGUCUGACGCCGAGUCCGUGAAAGCUCCCCUACACACACACACACACACACGGACAGAUCUGUACAACACGUACGGACUCUCACACAUCCCACAUAUCCAUCUUCCCAUCUGUGUGUCCGAGCCAGCGUUCUAAUCCUCUCAGCUUUUACGUCACGGCCGCUUGUUUGUGAAUAAUCUUUUCAGACCUGGUGAAACGAGUCCGAUUAUGACAAUAUUUACACGGGGAAAGUAACUUCUUUAGUAAUUUUGCUUAAGUCUCUCCAUUCAGAUUAUGCAAAUCAAUCUGCCAAGGAUGCGAGAUCUUUCUUGAGUAGAAGCAUCCGAGACAGGGGUUUACCAUGAGCGUCUAGACCGCCACCUUCAAACACAAGCAGUUGCUUUUAAGUCUGGGGGGAAAAAAGAAAAGAAAAAAACAGGGAUAAAUAAUACGGACUGAAGAAGGAAAUGUUUUCAAUAUGAUGAUAAAAGAAUGAGAAGAUGGCAGAUAUUGAAAUAAACAUGUAAUAUACAGAGUCUUGUAUAAUAAUAAUAAUAAUAAUAAUAAUAAUAAUUAAUCAUGCAAAUGCGAUUUAAUUUAACAAUAUGGCUUCCAUCUUAACUGUUCAGAAGCUUAAAAAAUUGCACACAUCCUAUUAGAUAGCAUUUUAUUUUUUAAGUCAUGCUCAGGAUGCACAGGAUGAUCACAUUGAUUUGUCAAAUUAAUCAAAUAACGCCAGUGUUUUUGUUCAUUUGUUGCACUCUCCUGUAAAGGAAACGUGCCCAUGUUUCGAAGGAUAAGCUGACCAAGUGCUCAUCUGUUCCACUUACAGCUCACUCUAAGUUAUUUGUAUAUCGUUUCAUCCGUAAAGAAUUUGGUCGUCUAGAUAAGCAAAGUCUCUGUUCAUUCAUUUUUGAGUAGCUUUCUGUUAGAUAAUUCGUUUUUAUGUGUAUUUCCAGCCCAAAAUGUACAUUUCAGUGGUUACGUCAAACGGUCAGACAGUGGUCUGCUCCUUUUAUGAGCUGAUAUCAUGUGAGAAUUUCAAGUUAAGAAUCACAGAUAACUUCCUCCGACUCCACCCUGGCCCGAGCACAGGACUCUCACGUAACUUCUGAAUAGCACUUAAGUCUGUAGUUACGUCCGAGUAUGACAGUAUUGUUUCAUUUUUAAGGAUCGUCCUAAAACCACCAUGUCCUCCUUCGUACACUACUGGUUUCAAGAAGGCCAUGUGACUAACCAAACAUACAUAUCUUUAAGACCAGACCUGGAUUAAUUAAAGGUGCCGUUUGUAAUAUUUUAAAGUGUUUCUAAAUCCAUAAUAAUCUAACCCUUUUUUUUAUUAUUUUUUUCAAAAAUGUGGUUCACAAUACUGCAGUGCAAUUGCCCUAGCUAAUUAAUUCAUUCAGGCAGGAUUCUGUACACUUUUCUGGCCCUGAAAUAAGCUCCUCCCACAGCUUUAACAAAGCCGUUCAGCUCUGCUACUCUUCCUUGAAAGGCAAAUCUUGAGAUAUACAAAUUUUAACAGAGGACGUGAGUUUGGUUAAGGGGAACGUGAAAGGCUUGUCAGUGUUUUGACUGCGAUUGUAAUUCCCUUCGAAGGCAGCAAAGUGUGCUACAAAUCACAUACUGCUUCUUUAAUAAUAAUUAUGUGUUUCUGAAAGUAAAUUUUAUUUGGGAGCCUUUCAGCUAAAUCGGUGUCCAGGAUACGCUUAGGAUAAAGCAAUAAUGUAGAUAUCAUGCAGCUACUUGGAGAUAGAGUCAAACUUGAAAAACAUGUUCAGUCCCCGUGUCUUUAUAGACCAGAGAUGGCUUGGUUUGGGCCAUUCCGAUCCCCACUAAUUGUUAUUUGACCCUGAUCUGACCUCUGACCCCUAACCCUUAUCAUCUUUUACUUCCCAACCAGUGGUGCUGUCUUGUGCAGGUGAUUGUGUGUUGUCUAACAGCUGCAACGUGUUGUUCUUUCUGACUGUUCCCCCUUUAGGAUCACUGUACUCAAUAUUAUAUAUAAAAUAACAAAACUGGCUUUUACUGAACAGCUUGGUUCUCCAAGUUGAUAAUGUGUGAUUUGCAAUAGCACAGAUGAAGAUAUUUUCAUUUUCGCCAGCAUUUGUUUUGCGCCGUGUGCUUCGUGCGAGUCGUGCUGUGACAGUUGGUUGAAACAGUUUGUGUAAUUGCCAUUUUUAUAAGCUCCAGUGCAAAUACCUAGUGCCAUAGAGCAUUGCCAAGAGUCUUAAAAUGUGUGUCUUUGUGCUUUUGUAAUCAGUAAGGGUGCAAUAUAACCCUGUAUAU